AUGAAAGGCCUCUCUAAACAAGUCCGAAAUGACUUCAUUAGAGAAGCUGGAGAGAGGUUGCGGGCAUGUCUGGCCAGAGAGGUAGAAGAGAGAUCUAGAAGAGAAUAUAAAGAGAAGGCUCGCUUGGAGGAAGAACUAAGAGUAAGAGAAGAUGCAGAGAAGGCCGCUGAUGAGGCUGCUGCUGCUGAAGCUGAAGCCAAAGCAAAGGCUGAUGCUGAAGAAGCAAUACGCAUAGCUGCAGAAGAAGCUGCUAAGGCUAGGAACGACGCUCUGACUCAGGGGGAGCAAUCUCAUUUUGAUUUCUCUUCUCUCGUAUUGAAGACUCUGGAAGAGCUACAGAAGGAGCAGCAGAUAGUGAGAGCAAGACUGGAUCAACAGGACUCUGUCAACUCCAACAUUCAGAAUUUACUGACUCAGUUGCUUCAGAGGAUGCCACUGCCUCCGAACCCUUAG